UUUCAAUCAUAACUUUGCAACUAAAUAUUCUCCAGGAACAUGGCUAAGGUUACGGCAACAAUGUCUGAAGUCGAGAAAGUAUUCAAAAAAUUCGACACCAACGGUGACGGAAAAAUCUCUCUAUCCGAACUCGACGGAGUUUUGAAUGCACUCGGCACCAAAACAACCUCAGACGAGGCGAAGCGAAUGAUGUUAGAAGUUGACACUGAUGGUGAUGGUUUCAUCGAUUUGCAAGAGUUUGCUGCAUUCCACUGUCCCGUUGAGGGCCCGAACAUCAAUAAGGAUCUUCGUGAUGCUUUUAAUCUGUAUGAUAAGGAUAAGAAUGGCAAGAUUUCGGCUACUGAGUUGCAUUCUGUUAUGAAGGGCAUUGGAGAGAAGUGUUCGCUUAAGGAUUGUCGACGUAUGAUUAGUUCUGUUGAUGUUGAUGGUGAUGGAAGUGUUAAUUUUGAAGAGUUCAGGAAGAUGAUGACUAGGGGUUAGUUUCUUUUGGGGUUAAUGGUAGGGGUUUAAUUUAACUGAUUUUAGUAGAUUAGGAGAUAAAUAUUGUUCGUUCCGUUUGACUGAUAUCUAUAACAGUGCCUUAUAUGGUGAAAGUGUUAAUAGGAAUUUGAUUAUCAAUAUAUUAUCCUCGGUUCGAAAACGCCAAAUUGCGU